AUGCUAGGCUCAUAUCUCGUCACAUGGCUACUCUUACAGUGCUUGGCACUCGGUGCUGUCAUCCCGUCCCCGCUGUCGGGCACCCAGUAUGGUGUCGUUGACAAGAGCUGCCCUUGCGGAUAUGUCCUUACAGAAUAUGGUAAUGCCUACUACCCAUACUACAAGCUAGUAACGUUCGACUCUCUGCCGGUCGGGCCGCUCAAGUCUGCCAAUGGUCUCGAGUCAUUAGGCUUCGAUAUCAGCGAUGAGAUCUAUAUUGGCGGCACUGGGCCAGGCAACACCACCUCUGUAGGACACUACUACAACAUUCACAUCGCAAAGCAGAGCAAGGCCAAAGACGCGAGCCAUAUCAUGCAACUCAUCGUUCCUGGAGGUCAACGUGCGCCGGGAAAUCUGAGCGGUGCCGAGAUACAUAGUUCUCAAGCGUUCACUGGAGGCGUGUUCACUGCCGAAAUGCAGAUGAGUGGGAUCGUGGGAACCGAUCAAUCAAUGUUCACCUAUCACGCUGCUGAUAACUCGGAUGACGGCCCUCAGGACGAACAAGACAUCGAGAUUUUGGCUGCGUACUUGUUCAAAGCUGGAAAGAAUGGCACGCCCCCAGGUGUCGAGCUCACAAAUUGGGAUCCUACCGACCCUGAGAACGAGAAACAUUCCGAUACUAUCGUGCCCUUCCCUCAGGAUCCCACCAAAUCCUUUCACAAUUAUACCAUCGCUUGGUUGAACCAGACAACCCAGUAUUAUUUUGAUAAGACCUUGCUCAAGUCCCCGAAAGGCUAUUAUUCUUACCACCCUUCAUAUCUUUACUUGAACAAUUGGUCGGACGCCGACCCGGAGUUCACCCUCGGACCGCCUAAAAAAACUGUCAUCCAGCAGGUGAAAAGUAUAUCCAUGUACUAUCACACAGCUGCGCAGCCCGGCAUACUAGCAGGCUGUUCAAUGAACCAGGCCUGCCUUGUUUGA